UAUGGAAGUCUAAUGUGUAAGUGCUUGUAUUACUAACACUUAUUUACUUACACAGGUAUUAAGCCACUGUUCCCAGUAUAACUGUUUCCCCUUACUUCAGUUUUUAUACACAAGUAUAGUCUUAUCUCUUCCUAAAGCAGUUCAGUUGACAGAAAAGCUCCAGGUAGCUAAUACCCGAGUAAUGGAACAAUGGGGAUACUCAGAUCUCUUAAUACCGGUAAAGACUUCUCAGAGAUGCAAUUUCCUGCAUCCUCUCCUCAGCUCUCUGUGGGACACCCAGUUAAUCUGGGCUUUGUCAGUUUCCCAAACUCCGUUUUUCUUCUUUUAAAACGAUGAUCAGAAUGAGCUGAAAGCGAGCAGGCUUUCCCUCACUAUGAAGGCCAUGUUUGCCCCAGCUAUGGCUGAAUUACAUCUAUUCAUCAUUACAGGGCAAGGCAAGCCUUGCCAUCAGCCCUCCCUCCCCCAGCUGAUCCCAAUUUCCCUAUCAAUUAGCAACCAUUAGCUCCCCAGAUAAGAUAAAGGCGGGACAGGACAACGGCCAGGCCUAACCCUUUCUAGGGCUAUGAUUAUGGAGAGCUUUGUCUGUUCCCCCUUCAGCACGUACCAGGGCUUCAGGGGCAGCCCCGCGCCGGGCCGCGGCCAGGACCCGUCGGCUAAGCAGCCUAGCUGGAAGCAGAGCAAGAGCGGCGGCAUCAGCCCGUUCCUCGGGGGGCCCCUCACGCCGCUGCCCUCCGAGUACCUGGACAGCUACCGGCGGGCGCAGCUGCAGGCGCUGCUCUCGCAGGUGAGCCCCGGGCUGGCGCCGCUGCCGCCCCGGGCCAGCACGAAGGAGGCUGCGGUGCAGGUGAGCCUGCGGGCCGACAAGGCCGUGCAGUGCUCGCUGGGGCCACGCACGCUGCCGCCCGCCCGCGCCUUCGGUUCCGCCGCCCUGAGCGCCCCGGGGCGCCUCGCCGUCUACUCGCCCGCGCCCGACCGCCGCCCCUUCGCGCUGCCCGAGGCCAGGGCGUCCCCGAAGAAGGCAACGCCGGCCCAGGAGACACCCACGGCGGCGGACAGGAGAGAGAAGCAGGAGAAGGGCCCGGCGGGGGCUGCGCUGCCGCCGCGCCGGGAGCCGACGGAGACGCGGCGGAAGGAGAACGCGGCUCCCGAGCAGCAAGCGACUUUCCAGGUGUACUUCAAGCAGCUGUGUCGAAAAUGCCAAAAGGGUUUCAAUCCCUAUCGAGUGGAAGCAAUCCAGUGCCAGAUCUGUUCAAGGACUCGUUGCUCCUGCCCUCAGAAGAAAAGACACAUUGAUCUCAAGAGACCACAUCGCCAAGAACUUUGUGGCCGCUGCAAAGGGAAGAGGCUAUCCUGUGAUAGCACUUACAGCUUCAAAUACGUUGUCUGAUCUGUGUACCCUCUUCUGUUUUGUGCUUUGCACUUUGUCAGUGUUUUGCAGUGUUUUGACUUAAGGCUUUUGACCUGGCAUUGGAUAAUGGACAAAGACAUUUGUAUUAUUUAUAAAGUAUGUAACUUCACUGUAUAUAUGCUGUAAAUAAAGUUGAAGAAAAGUUUGCACUAGUUUGAUACCCCUUACUUUCAUCUUGCUUAGAUGAAAGAGGAAAAUAUAUCUGGAAGGAAAAAACCUAUUUGAUUUCCUGAGAAAAGUAGACUUUGUUUUUAGUCUGCCUUGAAGGAGUGUUAAGAUUAAAGCUGCAAGAGCAAGUUUUUCCUUCAGUCACUCAAACUGAACUAGGAUGGAACAUGCAAAUGUUCUAGAGUGUAAAGUCUGGUGUGUCUUCCCACUGCCUCUGUCAAAUGUAUAUUCAAAAAAAAUCACAGCUGUUUGCUAAUCAAAGACUAUCUGCUGGGAGACUAUGUCUGUAAGAUAACAAGGGAAAAACCUCUUGAGUGGGAGCAUCUGUGAGGGAGUGUAACAAAUUGUCUGGACUUGAUGAGUCUCCAGAGUGGUAGAACAAGUCCCAGUGCUCCUGGUUUAAACACAGGCUCAUGCCUCAGAAGCUUCCCAGUCAUGUAAGGUGUCUCCAGGGUAGGUGGCUUAAAUAUAACCGAAGAAAGUACCUGAAUGUGCUUUCAGGGAGACAAAAUGCAGCGAACCAGAGAAAUCCUAUUUAAAGUACUGGUGUGGUAGAAGCACAGUGGAGUAUUGUUGCAGUUCAUGCUGUCUUAGGAUAUUAGUGAGGCUUUGUUGGGAAUAGUCUGAUUUCUCCUCUACCUGAAGUUUAGAAAUGAUGCUAAAAAGCUAGAUGGUUACAUCAUGGGUUAUUUUGUAUGUAUUUGUGAAGAAUCAGGAUACUUCAGGGAGGAAGGAACUUCUGAAGGUCUUCACUGUCAGUGGAAGAUUAAUGAAACUGCUUUUGUCACUGUGCUUUUCAAAGUUGAGUUGUAACUACAGCCUGACAAAAAAAUCCUUAUAUUUCUGGCUGUUUUCUGUCAGUACAGUGAAUGGGUUUGGCAUAAACGGUGAGAACGGUGUCUUUUGGGGGCUGCUGAUCAUGGAUACCCUCUGCAACAGUACGGAUUUAGACAAGAACAUAAUUUCACAACAAGCACAUACUCUAUUGUGAUUAUAUAUGACUUUUAUGUUUUAGUUAAAUGGAUGUACUAAUCCAAAUUUCAAAGUUACUUCACAAAAACGGUAAGUGUAUUUACAGCGUGAAUAAGUUACACAGUCAGAAUAAAAGUAUCUCAGGUGUGCAACAGAUUUACAUGCAUACAUUUAACACUGGACAGCAGUUAAAUGUAAGAAAAAAACCCAUAUAGUUAUGACUUUUAUAUAUACAUUACAAAUAAAAUAAGACAUCUCUUUAAAGAAACUUAACAUGAGAACUUGCAUUUCACGUUAAUAUUUUCACUUUUUAUACUCAAAAUUUAUAUUAAAUAAAAAUAUGCAUGCUUAACAAUCAAAUCAAAAAGAUUUGACUCUGUGAUGGGACUUUCUCCUAUAAAAUGGCAAGUUAAAUUAGAUCAACCAUCCUUUAAUAGUAUAAAUAUAUUCAUAAAAGCAACCUUCUAGUAAAAAGCAGCCAAGGUCUUUAAAAAAAAAAAAAUCUACCAAGACCAUUCAUGAUCCUUGGGGGGGCCUAAGAACAGACCUCUGCAAUAUGAUCCAGUACCUUCAGAGACAGUAGCCUAGUAACAUUAGGAAAUGUACUUCAUAGCAGCUUGUUGUUUUAAGAUACAGUAAUCAUAUUCAAAUUACAGUGUACAUUAAACUGUAGUCCAUUUACAAUUUGUUUCAUAUACACAGGCUCUCAGCUUUUGACCAACAAGUUUGCAAGAUUCCGUGGCCAGCUUCAUUCUGCCCAUCUUUCAUUCAACUAAAUAAGAGAAAAAAGGAAAAAAUGUACAAGGGUUUGUUUUGUUUUUUUUUU